GAUCUAAUCGCUCUUUCUUGUUCUUGCGAUCCGUGGCGCCAAUUUUAUGUAUGCCACCGUACGGCGCAAUGCUCAGGCCCUCGUCGCCGCCAUUGCUGCUAGCAGUCAGAUCUUGUCGCGUCCUCUGAUACAGAAACCAUCUCUUUUCGGACAGCCACUGCACCCAUCACAUCCUCACCUAGUCCACCCGAAUGAAUUGACGGCCGGAAUACCUCAUGAAGAAUACGAAAGGAGACGCAGAGCGCUCAUGGAAAGCCUGCCCGACAAUAGCAUGGUUGUCGCGGCAGCGGCACCGGUGACGUUCAUGAGCGGAGAAAUAUUUCACAAGUACCGACAAAAUUCGGAUUUCUGGUAUCUUACCGGCUUCGAGGAGCCUGAUUCUGCCGUUAUUCUCGAGAAGAACUCGACAUCGCGCGGGUAUUCAAUGACUUUGUUCGUCAACGAAAAGGACCCAUCUGAGGAGAGAUGGUCCGGCACCAGAACGGGGGUUCGCGCUGCCGGUGAAGCAUUUCAUGCAGACGAUGCCCAACCCAUAGCAUCCUUCCCAAAGCAUCUGGGCUCAAUAGCCUCCUCCUACUCACACAUCUUCUCUGACCCACAGUCUCACCAGGAUGAGCCUGCGCAUAAAAAGCUCCUCAAAUAUCUAUCGAACCCUCUCAAGAAACGUGCUCGCGAGAUAGACACCACCAUGUCCACCAUUUCUGGUUCACGACGACGCCCGCUGAAAUCCAAACUCGCACCCUCGCGGGCUAUUAAAAGCGAAGUCGAAAGACAUGUUAUGCGAGCCGCGGCAGACAUCAGCGGACGUGCCCACGCUAAGACCAUGCGGUUCACACGUCCCGGGAUAUCAGAAGCAGCCUUGUGUGCUCAUUUUGAAUAUCUAUGCUGUCUAGAGGGCGCUCAGCGUCUAGCUUAUGUGCCGGUCGUCGCUUCUGGUCCGAACGCUCUAAUCAUACAUUAUACAUCGAAUAAUAUGCCAGUCCAAAAUGGGGAGUUACUUCUCAUGGAUGCAGGAUGUGAAUACAACGGUUACGCGUCCGAUAUCACGCGCACCUAUCCCGUCAAUGGGUCCUUCACUGAACCACAACGUGAUCUAUACGCAGCCGUCCUAUCUGCACAGAAAGCCCUCGUGGCAUUGUGCCAUGAAAGCGCCGAAGAGACUUUGUCCAGCCUUCACGCAACAUCAUGUCGACUUCUCCGAGCCGAACUAGCCCAAAUCGGUUUCAACGUCAGUACAGCGGAUCUGGCGAGAGAUUUGUAUCCUCAUUCCUUGAGCCAUCCGAUUGGUGUAGAUCUGCACGAGUCGCAUACUAUCAGCAGGGUGGCGCCUCUCCAAGAGGGUAUGGUUAUUACAAUUGAGCCCGGCAUAUACGUUCCCCCGCUACCUCAAUAUCCGAAGGCAUUCCAUAAUAUAGGAAUCAGAAUCGAGGAUGAGGUUUUGGUGGGCAAAACGGACCCCAUCGUGCUCACAGUAACUGCUCCCAAGGAGAUUGUCGACGUUGAGGGUGCUUGUCAGGGUCUGUUGGGACUAGAGCCGUACUAGAACGAAGUGAAGUUCCGGUGCAUGAAGGAGAAAAUUUAAUCUCGGCGAUUCUUCUCAGAAAGAAGUGAUCUCGCACCGGCACCAUUUCCACUCUUCCUUCUGCACGAGCGUCUGAGGCGACGGUUAGAGAAUACGUAUAUAUUGGUUCGUUUAAUCCUUGCUCUUAUUUACUCUCCUCCAGCUAUGAUUCCAGUAAGUAAUACGCAACGAAGAGCCCAGGACACGACAAGAGUUACUGCGAAAAGACAGCAAUAUAUUCAUACCAUUCUGAAC